AUGUCGGACGAAAUCGAAACAGCUCGGCCCGAGGAGGUCGAAGGACGAGAGGCCGAGGACAACGCGCAGGAAACCGCGCUGGCGACAAACAACACCGAGGUCGCCGCGCCAACAGAGAGGAAAGUGAAAAAGAUCAUCAGGAAGAAGAAGAGGCCGGCGCGCCCGCAGGUGGAUCCGUCCUUCAUCACGUCCGAGCCGCCGCCGCAGACGGGCACAAUCUUCAACAUUUGGUACAACAAGUGGUCGGGCGGCGACCGCGAGGACAAGUACCUGUCCAAGACGCACGCAAAGGGCCGCUGCAACGUCGCAAAGGACAGCGGGUACACGAGGGCCGACAAGGUCACGGGCAGCUACUUUUGCCUCUUCUUCGCGCGGGGGAUCUGCCCCAAGGGCCAGGACUGCGAGUACCUCCACCGCCUGCCGGGCAUUCACGACAUCUUCAACCCCAACGUCGACUGCUUUGGCCGGGACAAGCACUCCGAUUACAGGGACGAUAUGGGUGGUGUCGGUAGUUUCAUGAGGCAGAACCGCACAAUCUACGUUGGAAGGAUACACGUCACGGAUGAUAUCGAGGAGAUUGUGGCGCGUCACUUUGCGGAAUGGGGGCAAGUUGAGCGAGUUCGUGUGCUCAACACUCGUGGAGUCGCAUUCAUAACGUACUCCAACGAGGCGAACGCUCAGUUUGCCAAAGAGGCCAUGGCGCAUCAAUCUCUAGAUCACGAGGAGAUCCUCAACGUGCGAUGGGCGACUGCAGACCCGAACCCAAUGGCACAGGCGCGCGAAGCGAGACGGAUCGAAGAACAAGCCGCCGAGGCCGUCCGGCGCGCGCUCCCGGCGGAGUUUGUAGCCGAGAUCGAGGGCAAGGACCCGGAGGCCAGGAAGAGGAGGAAGAUUGAGAGCAGCUACGGGCUCGAGGGCUACGAGGCGCCGGACGAGGUCCACUUUGCGCGGGGCGCCAACGCCGUGAACCCGGUCGGUCGUGAGGGCCACGAGGUGGAGUACCAGGAACGGCCCAUGAUUGAGAACGGCGGCCAGCAGGAGCAGUACGAGGCGUUGCCGAUGCUGCAGCAGCAGCCGUCGAUUGUGUCUGGCGGUAUCUUUUCGAGCAGUACUCUGGCAGCUCUCAACGCGUCCAACGUUGCUGUGGCGUCGAAACCAAAGGUUGCUGUGUCUUCGGGGCCGUUAGUCGCCUACGGCAGCGACGACGAUUCCGACUAA